UCGCAAGGGCGCAAGCUGCAUUGCAUGACGCUACAGCGUAUUUACGUAGGCAAAUAAAUUCGUGUCCUUGCACUCCGCAACGCUAGUCGCUAUUGACCGUACCAGCGCGCUUCCGAGCGCAGCUCGGUGCCGGAUUCCAGUUGAUUCAGAAUGACAAGCGAAACAAACUGAACCGGAGCAUUCGAGGGCAACUAUCCAAGCUAUUCCUGUUGAAUUGAAAACCCGAGAAUGAGCAGCGAGGCGCUGGGAAAGCUAUGGCGCCUGCCGCUCAAGGCCCUGGGCAUCAACCUCAGCGAGGCGCGCGAGCUUGCAGCGCUGCUGGAGGAGACGCUGCCGGACCUGCGUGUUGACUUCCACUUGGACGGCCCCAUCCAGCGCAGCUCCACCCCCUCCCAGCUCCGCGGCCCCUCCUUCAAGGACCGCCUCACCUCGGGCGCGCCCAUCCCCAUCGACGAGCGGCGCAUCAACUGGUCUCUGCUGCGCAGUGUGGUGUCCACGGAGGCGCUCAAGGGGGACAUGGAGGCGGCGGCGGCGGCGGCGGCGGCGGGAGGGCACGGAGCCUACUCGCAGGUUGAGGUGAACAGCGGCGGGCGCGUGUUCUUCUGCUUCUUCUCGCCCGCCGCCGCCGGCCAGCACGAGGGCCUGGCGGUGCUCAAGUUCGGACCCAGCCGGCUGCUGAUGCAGGCGGAGCAGUUUGCCAACGAGCUGACUCGGCACCUGGACAUCUGUGCGCCCGACUGCCGCAUCGUGCGACAGGCCGGCGCCAGCAGUGAGGAGUGGCGCGCCAUCACUGAGGCCUGUGCGCGCCUGGCGGCCGGCGGCGGCGCGGGCGGCAGCGGCGGCGGCGGGGGCGCAGAGGAGCUGGCGGCGGAGCUGUCGUCUCUGCCCGUGGUGCUCCUGAUGGAGUACUGCCCCGGGCACCCGCUUCUCGAGUGCGAGGACGCCUUCAAAUCCCCCGGCCCGCUGCUGUCCACCGCCGAGGGCCUAGGCCGCCUGUUCCUGCUUGACGCCGUGCUGGGCAACGCCGACCGCCUGCCCUGUGCCGACCUGGCCUGGCGUGGCAACCCCAACAACAUCCUGUUCGGCAGGAGGGGCUCGCGCUACUGCUCCCAGAUCGUGGCCAUUGACUCGUGUGUGCAGCGCCGGCCGCCCGCCGCCCGACUGGGCGCCGAGGACGCCGCAGUGGACCGACUGGCGCAGCUGCUGCUCACAGACCAGGAUGUGGUGCUGGAGCUGCUGCGCGGCAGUGUGUUGGCUCGCUCGCCGCCCGGGCUAGCAGCACUGGCGGCGGCGCCGGCGGAGGCGGCGGAGGCCUUCCAGCGCGGCUUCAGGGAGUGCCUGGGGCGGGUGGAGAGGAUCAAGGGCUUGUUGGAGAUGAUGCACAGCAAGAUGAACGACUGGUCCAUGGAGUUCAUAUCCGACAUCAAGGCCCUCAGACCCGAGCUGCCCAUCCCCACGCCCACGCCAGCCGCCGGCCUGGCCGCGGCGAUGGCAGCCGCCGGCGGCGCGCCGGGCAGUGGCGGCAGCGGCGGCGGCGCCAAUCGCCGCGUGGCACGUUACACCGGCCUCAACAUCCGGGUCAGCCCCGGCAGCGGCGCGGGCGGCGGCGGCAGCGGCGGGCUGGGCGGCGGCGGCGGCGGUGGCGGCGGGCUGGGGGGGCGGAACCGCACUCCCGUGGCGCUGCGAGCGGGUGCGGGAGCUGGGGGCGGCGGCGCGAGCAGCGGCAGCGUAACUGGCAGCCCGGCACGCCCCAUGCGUACCUCGCCCUACCUCACCCCACCCUCCGGCGCCAACAACAGCGGCCACGCCGCCAGCCCCGGCACUGCCGGCUCCGCCCACGGCCCCGGCAGCAGCUUCACCGGCGGCGGCCCGCCCUCCCGCGGCCCGCCCUCUCGCACCCGCGGCGCCGCCACCGCCGCCGCCGCGCCCGCCGCCGGCAGCAUCCUCAACACGCCCUCCUCCGUCGCGCGUCGCCGCAGCAGCCUAACCGCCACGCCAGCGGUCAUCGCCGCCGCCGCCGCCGCCACCGCCGCGGCGGCUGCCGCCGGCGGCUGCUACGACGCACCCGCGGGCGCCCGCAGCCCGCCUAGCGCCGCCUCUUCCCCGUUUGCGCCUGCGGCCGGCUCGCCACAGCCGCUCUCACCGCCCUCGCCGCCGCCGCACCACCCGCUACGUCACCAACCGCAGCAACACCCCGUGCAACAGCACCUGCAGCAACAGCGGAACCUGGAGCGGCGCGACUCCGGCUCCAGCGCCGCCUCCCACUCCCACUCACACUCACACUCACACUCCCAGCCCGUGCCCGACUGGCUGGCGAGGAGCCCCUACCUCACAGGCGGCCCCGGCGGCGGCGGCGGCGGCGCCGUGGCGGCGGCAGCGGCAGCCAACGGUCUCAGCGUGAUGGCCGGCCGCCGGCGGCAGUCGUCUGGCGGCAGCACAAACGGCAGCGGCGGCGCCGGCGGCGCCGGUGCCGACGGCGGGCGGCGGUUGUCGGGCCCGGGCCACGUCAGCGGCUCCUCCGCGGCAUCCAGCAGCAGCAUCUCGCAGAUCAGCAGCAGCGGCGGCAGCAACGGCAGCCUAGUCGCCGGCGCGCCGCCGCCGGCCCUCGCCGCGGCCUCCGGCCGGGCCUCUUCAUCGGGGGUGACGAGGCUUGCGCAGGCGGCGGCGGCGGCGGCGGCGGCUGGCGCCGGCGGCACGCCCGAGUCGCGGCGGCUGAGUGGCGGCGGCGGUGGCGGCGGCGGCGGCGGCGGCAGCCCCAACGGCAGCGCCAGCACCGGCACCAGCCCGCGCCUGCCGCCGGUGGCUGCCUCGUCGCCGCCGUCGCAGUGCGCGCUGCUGUCCUCGCCGCCGGGCGCCGGAGCCAAGGCCCUCCUGGCGCGCAGGCUGGCCGACCUGUCCGAACUGGGUGGCGGCGGCGGCGGCGGCGGCAGCGGUAGUGGGGGCCCGGGCCGGUCGCCGACCAAGUCAAGCGCAGGCGGCGGCGGCGCCGGUGCGGUUGUGACGACACCGCUGGGCACGCGCGGGCGUGCUGGUGGCGUUGCCGCUGCUGCCGCGGGCCGCUCCGCGAGCAACUCGCCCUACCGGCUGUUCCGGGCCCGCAGCAUCGCCGUCGCCAGCGCCGCCGCCGCCGGCACGCCGCCGACACCGUCGGCGGCGGCCCCCCAGUCCCCGGCGGCUGGCGCGGUGGCGCCGCCGCCGCCGCCGCAGCUGCGCCACAGCCGCAGCUUCGGCGUGCUGCGCUCCGGCGGCGGCAGCGGCGGCGCGUACGGCGGGUACGGGCCGCGGUACGGCAGCGCGUCGCGUGGCGGCGGCGGCGGCGGCGGCGGAAGCACGGGCAGUCCGCGGAAGGCCGCGCACGUGAGCCCCGCCUCGCCCAAGUUCCGGUCGCCGCUGGAUCUGGACCCGCUGAUGCUACAGCCGCACGGGCCGCUGCUCCAGGGCGUCGCCAGCGACCCGACGGCGAUGACCUCAGCGGCGGCGCAUGACCCGGCAGCGCUGCUGCGGCGGCAGGGCUCCCUCGACGGCGCCGCUGCCGCCGCCGCCGAUGCCGCCACCGGGGCCCAGGCUGCCGCCGCCUCGACGCGCAAGUGGUCGCACCUACACCCCGUGGACGCGCCCCAGCAGCCCCACCCGCACGACCUGCUACAGCCGCACCCUCCGGCCGGCAGCAGCAGCAGCAGCAGCAGCAGCUACAGCCAUCUGCCCAGCGGGCUACAGCCCAAGCCGCACGGCCUGCAGAUGCUGGGCAGCCCCGCUGCCGCUGCCGCUGCCGCAGGUAGCACUGCAACCGGCGGCGCAGCCGGCAGCGCAGCUGGCGGCAACUCCACCAGCGCCGGUGCCAAGCCGCCGCUGCCCCGCACCGGCUCCGGACUGCGUGGCGGCCCCAGCCUAACGCUGCCGCUGUCGCUGCCCGCCACACCGCCGCACCACGCCUCCGCCUCCGCCGCCUCCUCCGUCGGCCUCACGCCGCCCCGCCAGCACCCACACAGCCAGCAGCAGCCCUCUCCAGACCCUGCCGACGGCUGUAGCACGCCCGCCGGCGCCUCCCCCCACACCUCCGGCAUCACCAGCGGCGCACUCGGCAGCCCCCUGCCGCUCCCAGCCACCGGCUCCGGCUCCGGCUCCGGCUCCGGCUCCGGCUCCGGCUCCGGCUGCGGCUCCCCGCCCUCCCUGGCGCCCUCGCCCUCCGCCAGCGCCGGCCGCGGCCGCGCCGCCGCCGGCGGCCGCACCGACGGCGACGGCACGCCGACUGCCGCCGCGGCGGCGGCGGCGGCGCCGUCGCUCUUCUGCUUCCACCCGCCGUCGGCUGCCCACGCCGCGGCCGCAGGCAGCCCCAAGGCCGUGUCACUGCCCGGCGCACCCUCGCCCUACUCCGUGUCCCCAGCUGUGCACGCCCACGCCCUCGGCUCCGCCGCCGCCGCCGGCGGCGCCGCCGCCGCCGCCGCCUCGCCGCACACGCCGAGCAACCCGCCGGGUGCCUCCGGCUGUGGCGGCGCCUCCGCCUCCACGACCACGGCCACGCCCUCGCCUGCGUCGGUCAAUAGCCGCGCCGCCGCCGCCGCCUCUGCUACUCACAGCUCCGGUGGCCGCGGCGGCGGCGGCGGCGGUUCGUCGGUGCGGCGGGGUGGCAGCCGUGUGGGCGUGUCGGGCCGCGCCGCCGGCGCCGCCGCUCGCGGCACGCCGGGCAGCGGCGGCGGCGGCGCCAUCAUUGUGCGGGCCAGUCCCAACCACACCAGCCCCUAUGAGCAGCUCAAGUCGGACCUGUCUCUGACUCUGGCGCUCAAGUCCAUCAGCAAUGAGGCACGCAAGGACGACCUGCUCAGCAGUCGAGUGGCGCACUGGAAGGAGGAGAUCCGCUCCCGCGGCGAGGAGCUCAAGGCGGCUGUGGGCGAGUGGCAGUCGCGGCACCAGCUUGAGCGCGUGCUCACCACCGGCUUCCUGGACGGCACACACCCCAUUGUGGACACCUACGAGCUCAAGGUGCGCCUCGAGCACAUGCUGCGGCGGCUGCAGGUGCUUCAGGAGGCGGCGGCGGCGCAGAAGCCCAACGCGGUGCUGGACCCGCAGCCUGCAGCCGCCGCCGCCGCCGCCCCGGCUGUAGCAGCAGCAGCGGCUGUAGCAGCAGCAGCCGGCGGCCACGGCCACGGUGGCAGUAGCACUGGAGGGGGUGGCCAUGCGGGGCACGACGGCAGUAGCAGUGGCAGUGCCGGCAGUAGCAGCGGCAGUGGCAGUAGCAGCAGCAGGCCGGGUGGCGGGGGUCUGUAUGUGGGCGGGGCGGUGUGUGCCGACUCGCACCACAUCCUGCGCCACCUGGGCAUCACACACAUCGUCAACGCCACAGAGGAGCUGCUGCUGCCGCCCGCCUCCACCGGCUUCACGGUGCUGCGUGUGCCGCUUCGGGACGUGGACGAGGAGGACAUCGCCGCGCACUUCGACAGCGUCACAGCCUUCAUACAGUCCUGCCACUCGGCCGGCGGCAGUGUGUUGGUGCACUGCAGCGAGGGCAAGAGCCGCAGCGUGACGCUCGUGCUGGCCUACCUCAUGCGCGCCCGGGGCUGGAGGCUGAGGGAGGCAGUGGAGCACGUCAAGUCCCGCCGCCCGGUGGCCAACCCCAACGCCGGCUUCAUGUCGCGCCUGCUGGCCUACGAGCGGCAGCUGCACGGCGCCAACAGCUACGUACCGCACACCAAGAAGACCAAACCCGAGCCCGUCACCUGCCCCGUGUGCGGCGCCGCGGUGGGCGUCAGCAGCGCCUCGCUGGCGGUGCACAUGAAGAGGGCGCACCCGCCCGAGGCCAAGGCGGCGGCGGCGGGCGAGGGCAAGGCGGCAGAUGGCAAGGCGGCAGAUGGCAAGGCGGCGGGCGACGGCAAGGCGGCAGGUGGCAAGGCGGCGGGCGACGGCAAGGCGGCAGAUGGCAAGGCGGCGGUGAGGGACGCCAAGGCUUGAAGGGCGCGCCACGUGCCCAUUCAUUCAUCCCGGCAAGAAGCGCUGCCAGGGCGCCCGAGCAGGCGCCGGGGUGGCGCGGGCUUGAAGGGCGCAGGCUCCGAAGGCGCCGCCCCGGCUGAGGCGCUGCGCCCAAGGCAGGGCGCGAUGCGGCACAAGGGUGUGAGCGGUACGGCGCAGGGACGGUGCGGUACGGCACAGGGGCGGUGCGGGCGCGGGCCGGCGUUGGGCAGCGGGCAGGGGGCGGCUGUGGCGCUCACCACAGGAUGUGUAUUACAGCUUGGGCGGCAGGUGUGGCGCCGGCUGUCGGGCAACCUGGGCCAUGUUAACGAAGAUGAAUUCAAAUUGCGUAUUGGGCCAUGUGACAUAGCAUAUGUACAGCGCGCCACGUAUGCAUUCAUCUAGGAAGGGCCAUUGAUGUACUUGGGAACUCAGACAGGCUCUAGGCUUUGUGAACUGGAAGGGCAAGGGAAGAUACACACGUGCGUGUGUUUUUGGGCUGAGCCCCCUGAGCGAAGCGAUCCAGGGGGGGCGAAGCCCCCCAGGAUUGCCCCUGUCCGUGCCUGCCUGCCUGGGUGCCUGCCUGCGUCGACAAAAAGUACCAAACUGGCGCAAACCGCGAGCGCCACGUAUUAUAAAUUGCUAUUCUCUAUUGUAGAAAAAUAGGCGGCAGGGAAAACUCGGCCGGAGCGAGAAGCGACCUCGCGAGUCCAUGGACAUCUUGACUUUCUUCAGUCCGCGAGUAUAGCUCUCGGGCCUUGAAUAUCUUACAUCCAUGUGUCGAAACAUGUCGACGACAAGCGUCUUGGGGCAAGAGUGUUGAAAGUUUGUGCAACAGCCGAACCAUGCGUGCAGAUCCCACCUUAAAUGCGUCGCGGCCCCGGUCGCGCCCGAGCCCGGCUAGCCGUUUGUGGUGCUUGUGAGGGAUUUGGAAUGAGGUACCACGGGCUCAUGUGUGGAGUGGCGUGGACAGGGCGUGGCGGUGCCUUGGCACGGCGUUGGCAUACCCCUUUGCCAGUCCCGCUGGGCUUGCAAGGGUGCUGUUCAUGUCGCCGGUGCCCAUCAUGACAUCCCUUGCUCUAUCAGGGGCUCAGCCCAUUUUCCAGCUGUACAAAGCUGACACCCCUUGUUGGGUGGGGGCCUUGCACCCGGGUGCGUGAAGGUGGCACGUGGUGUUGUGCGAAUGAGGCGCCGGAGUAACGCCCGAGCUCGCGGUCGGAAUGCUUGUGGAAGGAAGUUGGAGGGAUUGUAGUUACCCGUCCCAGCAACUAAACCGAACCCAAUGCAAAAGAG